GUUGCGCAUGGAGAGAAGGACGAUGGUGUACGCAGCGGUUUACGCCGGACUGCCGCUUCUGGUGGUCCUGUGUGUGGCGUCGGACCCCCCGCGCUCGCCCUCUCCUCGUGUGGACUGUGUGAGGGCCAGUGAGCAGUGUCUGAGGGAGCCGGCCUGCAGCUCCAAGUACCGCACCAUGAGACAGUGUGUGUCUGGGGGUAAAGACGCCAACCCCAGCCUGGGCCCGUCUCUGGAGGGUAAAGACGAGUGCCGCGCCGCCAUCGACGCCCUCAAACAGAGCCCCCUGUACAACUGCCGCUGCAAGAGAGGGAUGAAGAAAGAGAAGAACUGUCUGCGCAUCUACUGGGGAAUCUACCAGACUCUGCAAGGGAACGACUUCCUGGAGGACUCUCCCUAUGAACCUGUGAACAGCCGCCUGUCCGACAUCUUCCGCCUGGCACCCAUCCUCGGAGAGCCGGCGGUGGCACGUGAGAACAACUGUCUGAACGCGGCCAAAGCGUGUAACCUGAAUGACACGUGUAAGAAGUACCGCUCUGCGUACAUCAGCCCCUGCACCAGCAGAGUGUCCACAGCAGAGGUCUGCAACAAGAGGAAGUGCCAGGCCCUCAGACAAUUCUUUGACAAGGUCCCUGCGAAGCAGAGUUAUGGGAUGUUGUUCUGCUCGUGUCCUGUGAGAGACCAGACCGCCUGCUCCGAGCGCCGGAGACAGACCAUCGUCCCAGUGUGCUCCUACGAAGAGAAGCAGAAACCCAACUGCCUGGAGCUCCAGAGCACCUGCAAGAACAACUAUAUAUGCAGGUCUCGUCUGGCUGAUUUCUUCGCGAACUGUCAGCCUGAACCUCGCUCCCUCACUGGAUGUUUGAAGGAAAACUACGCCGACUGUCUGCUGGCAUACUCCGGACUCAUCGGGACGGUGAUGACUCCAAACUACCUGCGCUCUCCAAAGAUCAGCGUGUCUCCUUACUGUAACUGCAGCAACAGCGGCAACAACAAGGACGAGUGCGACCGCUUCACCCACUUCUUCACCGACAACACCUGUCUGCGUAAUGCCAUCCAGGCGUUUGGGAACGGCACAGACGUGGGCGUGUGGCAGCCCCUGUCACCUGUACAGACCACCACCUCCACCACCCCGCCCUACCAGAGGAGUCGAACCCGCAACCCCAACAGCCUGGACAACCACAUCUCGGACUCGGGCAUCUACCCCUUCUGUGGAAACCUGCAGGCUCAGAAGUUGAAGUCAAACUCGACGGUGGAUGGAGUCUUCUGUGAUCCUCAGAUCGACGGUCCGAGCACGUCCAACGCCAUCCCUCGGAGCUCUGGAGUCGUGCCCCGGCCCCUCUCUGGCCCUCUGCUGCCCCUGCUGGUGUGGCUGUGUGCCCGCUCGUGCCCCGGACUCUUGUAG